GAAAAACCGACCUUGCAGGAAACUUUCAAACUGUCCUUUCUGCGAAAAGGCUGGCAUGGCGAGUUCCGGAUGAUGGGCCAUCCUGGAUGCGCCUGGGCAAAGUGGCCAGGCUGCCAGUCCUUUUGUCUUGCUGCAGGUCAAGGAUGGGCAUCGGCAGUGUUCCAAAAUUGAGAGACCCCGAAAGAGCAACCCAGACCAGGGACUUUGGCCGGUCACCCAGGAGCUGCCCAAAGCCAGGCAGUUUCUGGGCCAACCUGCCCCUCACCGCCUGGGCAGCAGCAUCCCUGCUCUGGUCGCCAUAGCAACGGCCAGGAGGAGGCAGGAUGUUGGGUGGAUCCUGCUCACAUCCGCAGAGGCAAGAGGAGGAAGAGGAGGAGACGGAGCCAAGAAGAUGAAGCAGACCUUAGCAGAUGACACGGAGGACGUGUCCCUCGACUUUGGGAAUGAAGAGGAGCUGGCCUUAAGAAAGGCCAGAGUCAGGUACCCACUGGCCACCUUUUUCCACCUCUUCUUCCGCGUGAGUGCCAUCGUGACCUACCUCUUCUGCGACUGGUUCAGCAAAAGCUUCAUCGCCUGCUUCCUCCUCAUCCUCCUCCUCCUCUCCUUUGACUUCUGGUCUGUGAAGAAUGUCACCGGACGGCUACUGGUCGGUUUGCGAUGGUGGAAUCAGAUCGAUGAGGAUGGGAGGAGCCACUGGGUGUUUGAAGCAAGGAAGGGCCCCUCUACUGUGGCUCCCCCCACUGAGGUGGAAGCCCGGAUCUUCUGGCUCGGGCUGAUCAUCUGUCCAGUCAUCUGGAUCUUGUUCUUCUUCAGCACCUUGUUCUCUCUGAAGCUGAAAUGGCUGGCACUGGUGAUAACUGGCAUUUGUCUCCAGACGGCUAACCUUUACGGCUACAUCCACUGUAAACUCGGGGGAGCUCCCCAAAACUUCCGCAAAGUCACCCCACACUUCCCGGCCCAGGAGAUCUUCCAGAAGGAACGAUCAGAGGAUUUUCAAAAAAGCGUCCUGAAGCAUCUGGGGACCCAAAGCCAUUAAAAUGAGGAUGCCUGGGAAGUUCCCGGGGGACGGUUUCUGCGCUAAACACCACGACAGGCUGCAUUUCGCUUCAGAAGGGCCAACUCAGCACAUUCAGCAGCCGCUUCCUCUUGGCGUCACAUCCCACGUGUCGCUUUCUAGCAUAGCAGCCCUUUUCUAGGAAGCUGUUCCGGCCUUUUCCUCUGCUGGAGCAGGUGGCCGGCUGAUGUCGACCUCUAACCUAUGAUCCCAUCCCUAAGAGGAAUGCUGGCUUCUCCCCUUGUGAUGCAGGCCUGGAAACCUCUUUCUCUCCCUACUCCUUUGGGGGCGUUCCCUCGGAGCCCUUAGCGGCUACCUUGCAAUUUGGCAGGAGGCCUCCAGCAAGCCUGGCAUAAAAAUUCAGCCCAGCUCCGAUUCUGUUACGCAUCAUUUCAGCAUUUGUGGGCGGCUUCCUAGGGCCCUGCAGCAGGGACUGGGUGUGCAGGUCAACAUUUCUUUCUGCCCCCGUUCACCUGUGGAGGAUGCUGGGGGCGCUAACCAGUCACCCUUCCUGCCAGUCUCUCCCUGGGGAGCAGCAAGGAGGGCCUCUGCCCACAGUCUUUGCCUUCUCCCUGCUUUCUGCAAGAACAUUUGAUCUGAGAAGCAGAUGAGGAAAUGAAACAGCAACCCUCUGCUUAGAACUAGACAGACACAAACAGACAAUGAGUUAUUUUUAUUUGCAUU